GGUUAUGCUGGGCUGAUAUCUAGGGAGGUGAUGGUGCUGCUAUAUUUGUGGGGCUGUCAGCCAAGGUUUAGGAGGUGAUGGGAGAAGCCAGAUGAGGGGGUAGGGGGAGGACUAUUAGUCCUAAUGGAGCGAGAGUUUAAUUAAUAACUACUGUCCCCUUUCCCCAUGACCUGAUCUGUCCAGCCUAGACGCCUAACAGAAGCAGCUAUUUGUCCAUAUCCAAAUACUGAUGAUUCCAAAUAUCUGUUGGACUUUUGAAGAACCAUAUAUUAUGUGAAACAGAUUGGAAGCAGAGAUCAACCCCAAGAAUAAAAAGUAGGGUUAAUCUUAUCAGUUCUGUUCUGCAUUGACAAAUCAGGCCCAUUUUGGCCCUAGGGCCACACAUAGGCUUCUGGAUGAAUGAGUGGGUAGGCCCUGAUGUCAAUGUUGUGGGACCACUGCAGAUGCCACCAAGUGAUGGCUUCUCCCUGCCAGAGGGAUCACACUUCUUUGAUAUUCUGGCAGAGCAGAGUAGCCCUCUGCUUCAGGACCAAGAGGUCUUGCCUUUCGGCAGCUAUCCAGGCAUGCAGUUCUCCACAAUGGAGCAAUCCAUGUCCUCACCAUCGUACUACUCCAAUCAGCACUAUUAUCCCCAGUACAGCACAGAAGACUGGUGCUCCCCGAUCCCCAUGCUGGAACUGAGGAAAGGCCCACUGGAGGGGAGCUAUGAGACAGAGAUCGAGGAGCCAAUCCCUGUUGUACCAACUGUAUAUAAGAGACCUAGACAUGCUGCCAAUUCAGGCAGGUUCAAAGGAGAAGAACUGUGUGUGGUGUGUGGGGACAAAGCCUCGGGGUACCACUAUAACGCUCUCACGUGUGAAGGAUGUAAAGGGUUUUUCAGAAGAAGUAUAACAAAGAAUGCAGUAUAUAAGUGUAAAAGUGGAGGGAACUGUGAGAUGGACAUGUACAUGCGCAGAAAAUGCCAAGAGUGCCGACUCCGGAAGUGCAAGGAGAUGGGAAUGCUUGCAGAAUGUCUGCUAACAGAGAUCCAGUGCAAGUCCAAAAGGCUGAGGAAAAACCCCAAGGCCUCAUCGGAAGAUGGUACAGGAGAUGAUGCAGAGCUGGGAGACAGUGGAGAUGCUAAGCAGGUCACAUCCACAACAAAAACCUUAAAAGAAAAAGUGGAACUAAAUCAAGACCAGCAGACUUUACUAAGUUAUAUUCUUGAUGCAUACAACAGACAUCGUAUUCCUCCAGAUAUGGCCAAGAAACUGCUCCAAGAACAGUUCAGCACAGAGGAGAACUUCCUCCUUUUGACCGAGAUGGCAACCAGCCAGGUUCAGGUCCUGGUCGAGUUCACUAAAAACAUCCCAGGUUUCCAGUCUCUGGACCAUGAGGAUCAGAUUGCUCUACUAAAGGGUUCAGCAGUUGAGGCCAUGUUCCUGCGUUCAGCCCAGGCCUUCACCAAGAAGCUGCCUCAUGGACACACAGAGGUGCUGGAGGAGCGAAUAAGAAAGAGUGGGAUAUCUGAGGAGUUUAUUGACCCCAUAUUCAACUUUUAUAAAAGUAUUGGGGAGCUGCAGAUGAUCCAGGAGGAACAUGCUCUCCUCACAGCCAUCACUAUUCUCUCCCCAGAUCGGCCGUAUAUUAGGGACCAGCAGGCUGUGGAGCGACUCCAGGAAGCCAUGCUAGAGGUUCUGAGGAAGGUCUGCAAGCUGAAGCACCCUCAGGAUCCACAGCAUUUUGCCCGGCUGCUGGGCCGACUGACAGAGCUGCGCACUCUGCAUCACCACCAUGCUGAGAUGCUGGAGUCAUGGCGCAUGAGUGACCACAAGUUUAACCCGCUGCUUUGUGAGAUCUGGGAUGUACAGUGAAUCUGCAAGUAGAGGGGGGAAGGAAGCAAGACAUUCAAAAACACUUAAUAUGCUGCCAGAGAUAGGCUUUUAGUUCCUGGGAGUUAAGCUGUACCUGUAAUAUUGGAGAAACUGAGUGUGUUCUCAAGACUGCAGUUAAAUAUUGAAUGUAAUAAAUAUUGUAUGGUCGUCUGUCACUAAAACGCUUAAGGAAUGAGAUAUCUAUGAUAUAACUGCAAAAUAAAUAUGAUUGUUUAUAUUUUUAUGUGGAUUUUGAUAUUGUUUGUUAUAAAAUGAUUUUUUUAAAUUAUUUGUACGAUUGGUAGCAGUAAUCGGCAAGUUAUAGCAGUAGCUUUGUACUUAAGAAGUGACAAGCAAUGUGUCAAAAAUGUGUCAGGUCAGGCAGCGCUAAAGCACUUAGACAUUAAAGUUAUACCAUUCAAACAGCA